GGGGGGCGUGGUCUCGGCCGCGUCGCCGCGCCGCGUGCGGAACCUGCGGCGGCCGUUGGCCGUUGGCGCGGCUUGGGCGGUUGUCUUGGAGAAGCAAGAUGGCGGCGACGGCGGCCGCGGUGGUGCCGGAGGAGGACACGGAGCUGCGGGACCUGCUGGUGCAGACGCUGGAGAACAGCGGGGUUCUGAACCGCAUCAAGGCCGAGCUCCGAGCAGCUGUGUUUUUAGCACUAGAAGAGCAAGAGAAAGUAGAGAACAAAACUCCUCUAGUCAAUGAGAGCCUGAGAAAGUUUUUAAAUACGAAAGAUGGCCGGCUGGCGGCUAGUCUGGUUGCGGAGUUUCUCCAGUUUUUCAAUCUUGACUUCACCUUGGCCGUUUUUCAACCCGAAACCAGCACAUUUCAGUGUCUUGAAGGCCGAGAGAACUUAGCUCGAGAUCUAGGUAUUAUCGAGGCAGAAGGUACUGUGGGCGGACCGUUGUUACUGGAGGUGAUCAGACGUUGUCAGCAGAAGGAGAGAGGGCCACCCAAUGGGGAGGGUGCACUAGAGCUGUCUGAUGUUCAUUCUCCACCAAAGUCACCAGAAGGCAAAACCAGUGCUCACAGCAAUCCCAGUAAGAUACCAAGGUAUAAAGGACAAGGUAAGAAGAAGACAAGCGGGCAGAAGUCUGGUGCCAAGAAGACCGGCAGUGAUACCAGUCAGAGUGACACGAGCGUCUCCUCAUCAGAACCAAAGAGCAGGAGCGGCCUCCACUUGCUGGCCCAUGAAACCAAAAUUGGAUCUUUCUUAAGUAACAAAAGUCUAGAUGUCAAAGACAAAGCUGGUCUUUGUCCGGAUGAAGGCGAUACGGAAGGAGAUUCUUUUUUCGAUGAUCCCGUUCCUAAACCGGAAAAAACAUAUGGUUGGAGAAGUGAACCUGGUAAGCCGGCAGGAAGCCUCGCCUCGCUCUCCGACGCGCCCCCCUUGAAGAGCGGACCCGGCUCGCUCAGCGCAGCGCCCUCGUUGAAGGACUCUGAAGGUAAACGAGGAAGCACAGUUUUAAAAGAUCUGAAAUUGGUCAGUGAUAAAAUUGGAUCACUUGGAUUAGGGACCGGAGAGGACGACGACUACGCUGACGACUUCAACAGCACCAGCCACCGCUCAGAGAAGAGUGACCUCAGUGUCGGGGAAGAGAUCGAGGAGGACCUUUCCGUGGAGAUCGACGACCUCAACACCAGUGACAAAGUACGGUGUGGCCGUGGCCCGCGGAGCGCCACUCACGCCUGCGUCUCUUGCCGGGGGUGACUGUAUAGGUUCAACAGUUACAGAAAGCUUGAUGACCUGACACAGGACCUGACCGUGUCCCAGCUCAGUGACGUUGCCGAUUAUCUGGAAGAUGUUGCAUAGACGAGAAAGAAAGAAGUGUUCUCAUCAACAAAGGACAAAGGACUCUGAUCACUUCCAUUUUUUUCCCUCCAGACAAUCACUCUUUGCUGGAAUGUCUGCUCCCUGUUGGUGCCUUGUGUUUCAAAAAGACUGCAGAUAUUUUUAAAAAUUAAGUUUUCAUUAUACUCAACGAAAGCUUCUUAUUUGAGGCCAUUUGUGGAAGAUACACUGUUCUUAAUUUGGUUUGGCUACACAUUGGUCUGUGGAAGUUGAUUACCGACAACUCAGCUUCAUUUCGAGGAGCGAACCCGGGAAACCAUGAGUAUUCUAGCUCCCUGAAAGGUCUCAAUAAAGCUGCAGGCUCCCACAGCUCUGCGUGUGUGUGUGGCUUCACCAGCCAGGACAAAGCAGACGUGACUGUCGGUGUGGUGCCCCUGGUCGCAGAGCGGCCUGAAGCUUAUUACCGGAAGUGAGAGUUGACAUGUCUGCUUUAUUUGGAUUUCCUUCCGUCUGGAAGGGUUGUUAGACCGAUAAGGUUAUAUUAAAUACUCCUGUGUGCGCUAGUGUUGCUUGUUUUGAAGAAAUCUAGGGUCGUUACGACUUUUAAUCCACGAGUUGUCGCCAGCAGCAUCCGUGGUCGCCUCCCCUGUCCGCAGAAGAAGCUGUUGGUCCCCAGACUGUCGUCUUUAUCGUUGUAAUUCAUUGGGUGUAAAGAUGCCUGGAAACCAAUUCCAGAACACAUCUGGAAGCACCGAGAGGGCUUCUCUUUCCAUCUGUGAGUCGGUCGUAUUAAAGUAGUAAUGGCCUAAGACCAUGACCCGUGGGCCAAGCUUUGGGCACGGUCUGUGGCUUCCUCACAGCCCUGUAGGACGGAGUCGCUGCUGGCCCGUGGGCAGUCUCGUACCCGCUCGGUGCUGCCCGUGGGGUCGCUGGCCCUCGCCCCUGGGAGUGAUGCAGACGUGAAGCUGUGAUUGUGCGCCACGUUUUUUGUGUUUUUUAUUUGAAUUAAAUUAUGUUUGUUUUUAUUAAAAGUCACCUUUAUUAAUAAAGAGUAAACUAGA